CUCUUUUGCCUUCAUGCAUACGCUUUAAUUGAACUUUUCUUUGCUUUUUUUUCUUCUCUAUUAAUUACCUUUUGCCGUUUUAAGUAAAAUUAAUUGAAUCCAAAUCCCAUUUAAACAAUACUCAAAAAUUCAGAUUUAUUCUUAUAGACUGUCAUUUAAAUUUUUUCCCUUUGUAUAUAUCUGUUGGUGGUGGUAUGCUUGUUACCUACUCCUUUUUAUAGCUUCCUUUCACCCCUCUCCAAACACACACAGUGAUGGAGAAACACAAAACAUGUAAGUUGUGUUCAAGAAAGUUUGCUAAUGGUAGAGCUUUAGGUGGACAUAUGAGAUCUCACAUGAUGAAUUUACACACACAGGAAAAACAGAUAAGCCAUCAUCAUCAUCAUCAUCAGCAGCAGCAGCAAAUCAGUGAUAAUGAAACUGAGUCAAUUUCAUUAACUUCAUGGUCAUCUGAAGGUGAAGAAAAAGGUAAAAUCUUGAAUUUUGCCGAGGUGGGUGUUGAUGACUCGGUUGUUGUUCUUCCAGAUAAAGAGAGCGAGACCGAGUCAUCGAGAAACCCAACUCGGUUCAAAAGAUCCAAGAGGGUAAGGAAGUCAAGGAAAUCAAAUUUGUUGAGGAAGGUUACAGACUACUCAGAGACUGAGCAGCCUGUUAGUUCAAUCUCUGAGACUUCACCAGAAGAAGAUGUCGCACAUUGCUUGAUGAUGUUAUCUCGAGAUAAAUGGAUUGUUCAGAAAGAACAAGUUGGUGAUUUCUACUCCGAUGACGACGACGACGAAGAAGAAGAAGACGAAGAGUUUAAAGAGGCAAACAAUUCAGAUGAUUUUGCAGUACAAGUUAAAGUAGUUGCUAAGACUAGGGGGAGAGGUAAGUAUAUAUGUGAAACAUGUAACAAAGUUUUCAGGUCUUAUCAAGCAUUAGGUGGACACAGAGCGAGUCACAAGAAGAUUAAAGUGUUCAAUUCUAGUAACAACAACAAUGAAGUGGUGGAAAAUGUAGUAUCAGUUGAAGAGAAAAUACAUGAAUGUCCUGUUUGUUACAGAGUUUUCUCAUCAGGACAAGCUUUAGGUGGACACAAAAGAUCACAUGGUAUUGGUGCUGGUGCUGGUGCUAUUGUUUCGUCUGCAAAAUUAGAAUUAUCAAGAACUGAUGGAACGAGUUUAAUAGAUCUUAAUCUUCCUCCUCCAAUGGAAGAUGAUGAUGAAAUUAUUAGCCAAGUUGAAGUUUCUGCAGUUUCUGAUGCUGAAUUUAUUAACAACAUCAAGAAUUAGAGGUGAAAUUUUAGUCUUAAUUUUUAGAAGCUGUUAGGAAAGGGAUCAGAGGAUUAUGGAUCUAAGUAAAAAAUUUCUUUGGUGAAGUUGGGUUAAUUUUGCAUUAGCUUUUACUCAUCCAAUAGUUGAGUUUUGACUGUUAUUCAUAUUUACUGUUGAGGAGUGUUAUGUUAAUGUUAAAUGUAACAGCUAAUUUUACAACAUUUUUACUUCAGCACAAUCAAGACUUCUUCAUUUUAGUUAAUGAAUUCAGUUCAUGUUCAUGUUUUUUUCA